AUGGUUGCUUGUACUCAGGUUGCUUGGAUUAAAGCAGAUACGAAGGCUAUAUUAGCUAUCCACGAACAUGUUAUUACGAACAACGAAAGGUUGUCCGUCACGCACAACGAUUAUAACACAUGGACAUUAAAUGUUAGGACAGUUCGAAGAGAAGAUAGAGGCACUUAUAUGUGUCAAGUCAAUACGGACCCAAUGAAAAGCCAAAGUGCUUUUUUAGAAGUAGUUAUACCACCAGACAUCGUAUAUGAAGACACGUCCGGAGAUAUGAUGAUCCCUGAAGGUGGUUCAGCUAAAUUGAUUUGCAAAGCUCGAGGAUAUCCUGAACCAAAGAUACUAUGGAAAAGAGAAGAUGGAGGAGAUAUUAUUGUUAGAACUGGAACUACAGUAAAAACUAAAAUGACAUCAGUUGAAGGGGAAUCAUUACUUUUAUCAAAAGUGACAAGAUCAGAAAUGGGUGCAUACCUUUGCAUUGCGGCCAACGGUGUACCACCAUCGGUUAGCAAAAGACUGAUGCUUCACGUUCAUUUUCAUCCAUUGGUUCAAGUUCCAAAUCAACUAGUGGGAGCACCUCAGAAAACGGACAUAACACUUCAAUGCUAUGUCGAAGCGUCACCAAAGUCAAUCAAUUAUUGGACGAGAGAAUCGGAUUUAGGAGGAUACAAUGCAUAUCGAAAAUUCAAUGGAGAAGCCGAAGGAAAUAUUAGAGUAUAUGAAAUGGAUUUAUCUAAGCCCAGAACACCUAGCGAAGACGAUGACGAUAAUGCUAUCAAUAAAUUUGAUUCUGAAGAAGACGAUUAUGAAAAUAGAAACACGGGACGCAAUUCUUCAAGCAAUUCACCAGCACUCAAAGAUCAAUCUCACCGUUUACCUAGGUCAUCUUCAAACAUAAUACGAUACAUCAACUCUGUUAUGUUAAUACCGAUAUUAAUGCUAAUGAAAUACUGA